GACUGCCGUUUAGCAAGAGCAUGCCACAUGAUGACCGAAUCGAGCAGCUAGACAGGGAAACAGCAGCUUCUUUGGUAGCUUAUAUGAAGCUUUAGAGCCUAAAAUCUUCACACUAUUAUUUCCUUUACUCUUCUUCAUCUCCCUAAUCCAUUCUACCAAUCUACAAUAAACAUCUUCAACCUUUUCACUUACCACUUACCACUUACCUCUUCCACCCAUUCCUCAACGAACAAAUAUCUUCUCAACAACCCCAAUCUAAUAUCACAUACCUACCCAGCGUACCAUCAAUAUAUUUCACCCAACAGAUACUCAAGACACUCACUUCAGUACUCAAUCUCUGUACGAAUAGCCCAACAUGACCAAGGGAGAAGCCACUCAAGUCAAAGUCCACUUCAAGGGUAAGGACGAAGACUUCAUCAUCUUUGUUGACGACAUCGAGACCUAUAAGAAAUGGAAGACCGAUAAGUCGACUCCCAUGGCUCAUUUCAUCUCCACCUUCCAGAUCUUCGUAACGCACAAGCAAGGAGCUCAAGGUCAGAUGGACGGCGCCUCCAAGGCAACUCUUGAGAAUGAGUUUGGCGUUUCCAAAGAGGAAGAAGUCAUUAAGAAGAUACUAGAGGGUGGUAGUAUCCAGGAGGCUGAGUUCCCUGCUCAUUCGGGACCCAAGAACGAUGCCCAACAAGGUUCUAUAGUCACCGGCCAGGUAGCGAGAUAGAAUCGUAUAUUUCCUUAUCGGUGUAAAAUGAGGAGGAGGAGGGAUACCUUUAGGAGGGAAACCUUCGGGGGGUUUAAACGCAAAUAGGCAGUUGAAAAAUCAAAGUCCAGACUCAAUAGGAAGUGUGUUGGGGCGUCAUAGCAGAUUGUCCCUUCAGAUUAUGAGCCACGAUGAGUAUCGCAAGCGAUAAUCAUGGGUUAGCUACCUCCUGCUAGUUAGCACGGAAAUGUCUUGACGACGAGAUUUAUAAAACAGCUGUAGCUAGCGACAUAUGAAUUCAAGAUUCAUAAUUCGUGGCCCAUACACAAAGUCAAUAUGAAGCAAAUAUGAUAAUAGAACUGACUUUAUCUCAUCCAGUCUCAUCUCGUGAAUUCUCAUAGUUUCAGGAUUGCGUGUGAUUAAUGCUACCCAGAUAAGUGUUAUAUUAGUUAUGUGUUGAUAAUAAGUUAUAUGUUAUUGGAGAUGUUGGUACGUAAAGUAUCCAAUUCAAAUUGUC